UGGCGAUAUGCACCUGAACAUGCUGGUUGCGACCCGCCAAUAAACCGGGAAAGAGAGAGAAAGAUUACAGAAAAAGAGUGUAAACAAGAAGCGAUAAUACUGUUUAUUUGUGGAUGAGACCGUUUCAGAUAGUCGGACUGAGUGUAUUACAGUAAUUGUUUACGUAGAGAACGUUUUUACCUAUUUUCUGAAUUCAAAUAUUGUGGAGCAACCAUGCAUGAUCGCUGAUGGUUUAUAAGAGAGACGCUGCCCUUUUCAUUAAAAGUUGUUGCAUCUAUUUUUGGCUGCUUCGUUAUGGCCACGCUGACGAGGCAGGACCUUAAUUUUGGCCAAGUUGUUGCGGACAUUCUGUGUGAGUUUUUGGAAGUGGCCAUUCAUCUCAUCCUGUAUGUCAGAGAGAUUUAUCCAUCUGGUAUUUUUCAGAAAAGAAAGAAGUACAACGUACCUGUGCAGAUGUCAUGCCAUCCAGAUUUAAAUCAGUACAUUCAAGACACGCUCCAUUGUGUCAAACCACUGAUUGAGAAGAAUGAGGCUGAGAAGGUUGUAGUGGUGAUCAUGGACAAAGAGCACCAUCCAGUGGAGAGAUUUGUGUUUGAGAUCUCACAGCCUCCACUGCUGUCCAUCAGCUCAGAGACUCUGCUGUCUCAUGUGGAGCAGCUGCUGAGAGCUAUGAUCCUAAAAAUUAGUGUAUGUGACGCUGUUUUGGACAGCAAUCCUCCAGGAUGCACAUUCACAGUGCUGGUACACACCAGGGAAGCUGCCACAAGAAACAUGGAGAAAGUUCAGGUCAUCAAGGAUUUUCCAUGGAUUGUAGCAGAUGAGCAGGAAGUUCACAUGGAAGAGGCAAAACUCAUUCCCUUAAAAACGAUGACUUCUGAUAUUCUCAAGAUGCAGCUCUAUGUAGAAGAAAGAACACAGAAAACCUGAUGCUCUGUAAACGCAUGAAAGCUGGUGUUUACCACAGGAAUUACUUUUUUUUUUUUUUUUUUAAGUUAACGGACUUGUUUAUAAAUUACGUUUUGGUAACAUAACAGUAUAUUGAGCUGGAUUGUGCAUUUUAAGUAAGUAGAACUAAUGUUUGUCAGUAUAUCUGAAUCUUUUGUCCGUUUCAUUUUUGUCACCUUUUUGCUCAUGUUCAUUGUGCUGAAAUUGUCCUGUUUUAUUUUUAAUACAAUUUUGUGAUCUUUCCCUG